ACCGGGCACCGGGCACCGAGCACCGAGCACCGGGCACCGAGCACCGAGCACCGGGUACCGGGCACCGAGCCCCGGACACCGAGCACCGAGCACCGGGCACCGAGCACCGAGCACCGAGCACCGGGCACCGAGCACCGGGCCAUGGUCGGCGGGCAGGCGCUGCCGCUGCUGCUGCCGCUGCUGCUGCCGGUGCUGCCGGUGCUGCUGCCGGCGGGGCGGGCGGCGGCGGCGGGCAGCGCGCUGCUCAACAUGUGCAUGGACGCCAAGCACCACAAGCAGGAGCCGGGCCCCGAGGGGCUGCUGUACGGCCAGUGCGCGCCGUGGCGGGAGCGCGCGUGCUGCACGGCCAACACGAGCGCGGCGGCGCACGAGGACCGCUCGCACCUCUACGGCUUCAACUGGGCGCACUGCGGCGCGCUGCCGCCGCGCUGCCAGCGCCACUUCGUGCAGGACGCCUGCCUCUACGAGUGCUCGCCCAACCUGGGGCCCUGGGUGCAGCAGGUGGACAGCAGCUGGCGCAAGGAGCGGAUCCGCGACGUGCCGCUGUGCCGGGAGGACUGCGAGCAGUGGUGGAGCGACUGCCGCGCCGCGCUCACCUGCAAGAGCAACUGGCACUCGGGCUGGAACUGGACCACGGGCACCAACGUGUGUCCGCGCGGCGCCCGCUGCCGCCGCUUCGCCGAGGUGUUCGGCUCGGCGGCGGGGCUCUGCGAGCGCGUCUGGUCGGGCUCGUACCGCUACACGACGCUGCGCCGCGGCAGCGGCCGCUGCAUCCAGAUGUGGUUCGACGCCGACGGGCCCAACCCCAACGUCGCCGUCGCCGAGUACUACGCGCUCCUCGCCGACGCCGCCGACGCCGGGGGGGCCGCGCCGCCGGGGGGGCCGCCCGCCGCCCUCCUGCCGCUGCUGCUGCCGGUGCUGCCGGUGCUGCUGGCGCGGCCCUGAGCGCAGCGCCCCCCCCCACCCCCCCCGGGACACGGGAGCCCGAGCUGGGACCCCGCACCGGAGCCCUGCGACGGGACCCCGCGACGGAGCUCCGCGAUGGGACCCUGCACCGGGAUCCCGAACCGGGACCCCGAACCGGAGCCCCGCGACGGGACCCCGCGAUGGAUCCCGCACCGGGAUCCUGCACCGGGAGCCCGUACCGGGAGCCCAAAGCGGAGCCCCGCGAUGGGACCCCGCGAUGGGACCCCUCGACGGGAGCUUCGCGACGGAGCCCGCACCGGGAUCCUGCACUGGGAGCCCGAACCGGGACCCCGAAUCGGGACCCUGCACCGGAGCCCAGGACGGGACCCCACGACGGAGCUCUGCGAUGGGACCCCGCACCGGGACCCUGCACUGGAGCCCGCGACGGGAGCCCCGAACCGGAGCCCUGCGACGGGACUCGGCACCGGAGCUCCACGAUAGGACCCUGCACCGGGACCCCGUACCGGGACCCCAAACCGGAGCCCCGCGACGGGACCCCGCGAUGGGACCCCUCGACGGGAGCUUCGCGACGGAGCCCGCACCGGGAUCCUGCACCGGGAUCCUGCACUGGGAGCCCGCAACGGGACCCCGAACCGGGACCCCGCACCGGAUCCCCGCACCGGAUCCCCGCACCGGAGCCCAGGACGGAGCUCCACGAUGGGACCCCGCACCGGGCCCCCUCGCCGCGCCGGCGCCCAAUAAAGGCUGCUGCACUCCGA